GUCGAAGCAUUUAACAAAUAAAUAUUAUCAACCAUAACUGAAGGCUAACACUAUAUAAAGGGUUACGAUGCAUACAUUGCAAAGCAAGCAUAGUGCAUAGGUCAUCUAAACAACGACUGGUGCUGCACACUGACAGAAGAUGGGAACUUCAGCGGGGCCGAGGCAUUGGCCUCCACUCAUCUAUGCAUUUGCUUUUUGCCUAAUUGCUAUCAAUGUCGCCGGUGAUGAUGAUAAACCUUACUAUGCAUUCCAGCCAACCGAUCACCAUCAACCGAAGCAUGUCCCACCCCACCACCAUCCUAAAUUACCUCCAAAGCCUGUAAUACACCCACCCCACCAUCACAAAUCACCUCCAUUUCCAUAUCCAUACAAAUCUCCACCUCCACCUUAUUUCUAUAAGUCACCACCACCUCCAUAUAUUUACAAGUCUCCUCCACCACCAUCUCCAUCUCCACCCCCUCCGUAUGUCUACAAGUCUCCUCCACCUCCAUCCCCCGCACCACCUCCACCAUAUGUCUAUAAGUCUCCUCCACCUCCAUCACCUUCACCACCUCCUCCAUAUGUUUACAAAUCUCCUCCACCACCAUCUCCAUCUCCACCCCCUCCUUAUAUCUACAAGUCUCCUCCAACUCCAUCCCCCUCACCUCCUCCACCAUAUGUCUAUAAGUCUCCUCCACCUCCCUCACCUUCACCACCUCCUCCAUAUGUCUACAAAUCUCCUCCACCACCAUCUCCAUCACCACCUCCUCCUUAUAUUUACAAAUCUCCUCCACCACCAUCCCCAUCACCACCCCCUCCUUAUGUUUACAAAUCUCCUCCACCACCAUCUCCCUCACCUCCUCCUCCUUAUGUUUACAAGUCUCCUCCACCUCCAUCUCCUUCACCACCUCCUCCAUAUGUCCACAAAUCUCCUCCACCUCCCUCACCUUCACCACCACCUCCAUAUGUCUACAAAUCUCCUCCACCACCAUCUCCAUCACCACCUCCUUAUAUUUACAAAUCUCCUCCACCACCAUCCCCCUCACCUCCUCCACCAUAUGUCUAUAAGUCUCCUCCACCUCCAUCACCUUCACCUCCUCCACCGUAUGUUUACAAGUCUCCUCCACCUCUAUCUCCUUCACCACCUCCUCCAUAUGUCUACAAAUCUCCUCCACCACCAUCUCCAUCACCACCCCCUCCUUAUGUCUAUAAGUCGCCUCCACCUCCAUCUCCCUCACCUCCUCCACCAUAUGUUUAUAAGUCUCCCCCACCUCCAUCUCCUUCACCAACUCCACCAUAUGUCUACAAAUCUCCUCCACCACCAUCUCCAUCACCACCUCCUCCAUACAUCCACAAAUCUCCUCCACCACCAUCUCCAUCACCACCUCCUCCUUAUGUCUAUAAGUCACCUCCACCUCCAUCCCCUUCGCCUCCUCCGCCAUAUGUUUAUAAGUCUCCCCCACCUCCAUCUCCUUCACCACCUCCUCCAUAUGUCUACAAAUCUCCUCCACCACCAUCUCCAUCACCCCCUCCUCCUUAUGUCUACAAGUCUCCUCCACCUCCAUCCCCUUCGCCACCUCCUCCAUACGUCUACAAAUCUCCUCCACCACCAUCUCCAUCACCACCUCCUCCUUAUGUCUACAAGUCGCCUCCACCUCCAUCCCCUUCCCCUCCUCCGCCAUAUGUUUAUAAGUCUCCCCCACCUCCAUCUCCUUCACCACCUCCUCCAUAUGUCUACAAAUCUCCUCCACCACCAUCUCCAUCACCACCUCCUCCUUAUGUCUACAAGUCUCCUCCACCUCCAUCCCCUUCACCACCUCCUCCAUACGUCUACAAAUCUCCUCCACCACCAUCUCCAUCACCACCUCCUCCUUAUGUCUAUAAGUCACCUCCACCUCCAUCCCCUUCGCCUCCCCCGCCAUAUGUUUAUAAGUCUCCCCCACCUCCAUCUCCUUCACCACCUCCUCCAUAUGUCUACAAAUCUCCUCCACCACCAUCUCCAUCACCACCUCCUCCUUAUGUCUACAAGUCUCCUCCACCUCCAUCCCCUUCGCCACCUCCUCCAUACGUCUACAAAUCUCCUCCACCACCAUCUCCAUCACCACCUCCUCCUUAUGUCUACAAGUCGCCUCCACCUCCACCUCCAUCCCCUUCGCCUCCUCCGCCAUAUGUUUAUAAGUCUCCCCCACCUCCAUCUCUUUCACCACCUCCUCCAUAUGUCUACAAAUCUCCUCCACCACCAUCUCCAUCACCCCCUCCUCCUUAUGUCUAUAAGUCUCCUCCCCCUCCAUCUCCUUCACCACCUCCUCCUUAUGUCUAUAAGUCUCCUCCCCCUCCAUCUCCUUCACCACCUCCUCCUUAUGUCUAUAAGUCUCCUCCCCCUCCAUCUCCUUCACCACCUCCUCCUUAUGUCUAUAAGUCUCCUCCCCCUCCAUCUCCUUCACCACCUCCUCCUUAUGUCUAUAAGUCUCCUCCCCCUCCAUCUCCUUCACCACCUCCUCCUUAUGUCUAUAAGUCUCCUCCCCCUCCAUCUCCUUCACCACCUCCUCCUUAUGUCUAUAAGUCUCCUCCCCCUCCAUCUCCUUCACCACCUCCUCCUUAUGUCUAUAAGUCUCCUCCCCCUCCAUCUCCUUCACCACCUCCUCCUUAUGUCUAUAAGUCUCCUCCCCCUCCAUCUCCUUCACCACCUCCUCCUUAUGUCUAUAAGUCUCCUCCC